AGUGACAAGUGAAAACUUUUUGUUUAAGAGAAGGAAGUAUAGAGCUUGUGUAAUUUGUUUGACAUAUAAAUGCUGUUAUAAAUAUAAAAGAAAUCUAGUAUAAGAAUUUUCAUAGUUUAAUUAACAUAUCUUAGACAUGGCGGAUCAACAGCAGUUCUUUUUAAAAUGGAACGAUUUUCAAAGUAAUAUGGUCUCAUCCUUUAGACAUCUUCGAGAUGAGAAAAGCUUUACAGAUGUAACUUUAGCCUGUGAGGGUCAAACCUGUAAAGCCCAUAAAAUGGUGCUAUCCGCCUGUAGUCCUUAUUUUAAAAGUUUAUUAGAAGAAAAUCCUUCUAAGCAUCCAAUUAUAAUCCUGAAGGACGUAGCCUACAGUCAUCUUCAGGCUAUUCUUGAAUUUAUGUAUGCGGGUGAAGUAAACGUUAGCCAAGAACAAUUACCAGCUUUCUUAAAAACGGCAGAUCGGCUCAAAGUUAAAGGAUUAGCAGAAGCGCCACAAGCAAUUAAUAGAGAAUAAAUUGAAUUUCAUCUUAAUUAUGUUAAAGGCAGUUUUUCACAAAACUUCAAUGUAUAGAUAUCACAUAACUUUCCUGAUUUUUUUUAUAUACAAUUUCAAUUUUUUUAUCAAAAUCUUAACAGAACUUGAUUAAUUAGUAGAUUUAAAUAUUGUCCAUUGUUUUAUAAGUUUAACAUUUUCUUUUCCGAUAUCUUACAAAACCGUUUGUGAAUCACUGUUAAUUGUAAUUUUGGUGUUACAGUAUAAAUUAUUUGUUAUCGUUGACACUUUAUAUCAACAAAAGUGGGAAAAGUACAUAAGCUGAAUGGAGAUAGUACCUUGAAAUUAUUCAGAACAUUCAGCUUCUUGUGAGCGUAGAGUGAACAAUUUAAAUAAUGCUGCUGGUGAAAAUAUGUUGUUAAUUUGAACCAAUUUCAUUCAUACAACAAAAAAAGUUUUAUAUUUUUUUGCUGGUGUAUUUAAUUUCAAUGAUAUGAACGGCGAAUGUGAGUCUUUCCCCCCCAAAAAUCUAAUCUAUUUUCCAAUCUAUAGUUUAUUCAUCUGAGUAUCAAUUUUUUUUUCACUUGUUUUUAUAUCUUAGUGUUUUUCCUUUUAUUAACCCUCCGCCUGCAACGUGCUGUAGAAGUACAAUUCCUGCAACAUCGGUCUGAGAGAGCGAUAUCUAAAAAAGUCAAAUAAUAUAGUCAGUUGUUAUUUAGGUGCUCUAGCAAAGGAACCGGCUACAUUUUAGGCAUUUGUACCUGGUUUUUUUUAUUUUUCUUGGACUAACAUAGCAGACAUCGGCCAUACAUUUGAUUUUGGUUUGCAGGAACAUAUUUCCUGAAGGCGCAAUCGAAUUGUACGUCUAUUAGGACGGAAGUCUAUUAUUUGUAGAUCUUCGUGAAAUAUGAUCCUGAACAAGCUCAUAUCCUAACUGUUCUAAAAAUUUUCGGCGUCGAAUUGAUGUUUGGUUGUUGCUCUUGAAUACUAUUCAUGAAUUAAUACCUGCCACAUUCAAAAGUUCAUAAAAAAUAUGGGUGCACAGGCUUAUCUAGAAGAGGGACCACUUGAGGGAUUCGCCCUCAACUUUCCGCACCUGAUAUGUAUAACAAAUUUUUUUUUGUAUUAAUAGAAAUAAUAUUGCUGUCAUGGGGUGUAUAGUGAAUAAAAUUUUAUGAGCCACCGAAAUCCUCAACGUAUUUCUUCUUCACAAAUGACUGUUUUGACCCAAUUUUCCAAAAUUAUCUCAUUUUCUGCUGCUGCUAUAACAAUCUCUUAUUAUAUUUCUUCCCAUUUUUUAAGUGUUUAAAAGAGCCGAAAAAAGUAAACACUGAAAAUCUAAAUCUGUUGAUUCUAAUCUUCAAAUUUUUCACAUGUUUGACUUUUCAUCAAAGCUCUUUCCAACUAUGUCAUCAACAUUAAGUGUUUAUAUCAUUCUAGGUUAUCGAUUCAGCAUUUACAGGGUGUUUCUAAAUUCAUGAAACAAAAUUUAAAAUUUCCUCUGCCUGAGAUAUCACUCUUAAAAGGUGGUGAGUAAAAUUGAGUUUCUAUUUGAGUGAACCUAGAAACUUGGAAUUCUGUAGUUGGUGGUAAUUUUCAGCAUCUAUUAUGAAUCGUAUUACAUUUUACAUCUUUACUGUUUUCAUUCAAUUUAUUAAAAAAAUUUUUGGGGUAGUUUUAUUUUCUCUUUAGCUAUUGGUUUCAGGAAAAAACACGAAGACUACAAAAUAUAACGAUUUUAUUUCAUAAAACUGCAUCUUGAAAAAAGUUUUGGAGUAAAGGUUGCAAACGCAAUAUUGAAAAAAUACCUGUAGUUAGUACGUAAAUGACAGAUUUUUAAGUUUCUAUUACUACCGAAAAGUUUAUAAAAAAAUAAAUAAACUCAAUUUUAUUCACCACCUAUUUAAAGUGAUGAUAUCCUCGGAAAGGCUGAGGAAAUUUUAUUAUAGGAAAGGCCCAUCUUGAUUUCAUACGAGCAACCGCCUCCUGAAUUUAGAAACACCUAGUAUGUUUGCAAAAUGUUCAUUAAAAUUCUGUCUCAGGUCUCUAUUAAUUUGUACUUAGAAUGAACGGUGACUAGAUUGAUUUUAAGGGGUUUAUAAAAAAAGUUUAAAAUAAAAGAUAUAUUUUAAUAAGAAUUAUGAUGAAAGUGCUUCAAAAUUAACAAAGUAACCUCAGCAUUAGCACAAACUUGUCAAGUACUUCGUAUAACUGUGCUGUAGCUCUAAAAUUAUGAAAGUUAUUGUGAGACUAAGCAGAGUUUGAAUCAUUAUUUCUGGGUGUUUAAGUCUUGAGUUGAACUCAUAAAUACUUUUUUUUGUUUGUGUUUUUUUGUCCAUAAUUUGUAAUUAAGUAAGUAAAGAGAAACACGAGUGCAUAUAUUAUAUUUUGUUUUAGUGAACUUGAAAAAUGCAAUUUUAUAUUAAGUAUGUGAUUCUUGAAACACUUAUUUUAUAAACGAAAAUGGAAGACAAAUAUUCAAAUUCAGGCGUUUUACAAUCACUGGCUGGAUAAUAGGGUCCUUGCAUACUUUGUUUUUAUACCUUAACUACGUUUAGUAUGUUUGUCUUGAUAACACACUAUUUUUUAAUUUUUUUUAAUCGGUAUAUAAAUAGCUCCUCUAAUGUUACAGGCUUAAUUUGGUUGCCUACUCCCGAUAAUUUUGGUUUAGUCCAAUAACAGGCCACUUCAGUAGUUGCAGGUUCUUCACUAUGUCUGUGCACCCACAUAAUAAACGCAACGACAUGCUUGCAACCACCUAAAAAAAUUGAAAUUAGUAAAAUAAAGAUUUAUACAAUUAAUUUUCUCUUGUAUAUUUAAAGAUACUACACAAUCAUCACAUGCUGAUUAAACAAUGCUCUCAUGUUUCUCAUUAAUCUUGAGGGAAACAUUAUAAUCUUGGUUGAGUACUUUGGGCUCAGGACACAUUUUUCCAUUUACAAUACAGAAAGCACCUUCUCGUUUUAAUUGGACGUAUCCAAUUGCAACAUCCAAAUAGGUGCUUCGACCAGCACUGAAAGAUGAAAAUGUUUCAACAUCGAAAACUUUAAUCAAAAGAUAACCUUCAAAGCUAUCAUCUUUAUGGCCAUAUUUUAAUAAAGUCUAAUUAGUCGUACUUACGUAACUGCUUUUACUCCAUGUAUUUCAACCGAAGUAAAUAAUUGAUUAUUAGCAAAGAACGUAGCAAACAUGAAUGCAUCUACCUUGGGUAGAUUGUCCGAUCUUGCGUCGAUAAAUCCUAUUUCAGCCAUCAUUUCAAUUAGAAUAGCCUUACAAAAACACAAAUCGCACUAAACAACCAAUUACCUCCACUCACAACAACAAAAUGCGACAAGUGGUGGACAUGUUCCAGUAUUUACUUACUUUCUACGUCACAAUCACAGUAACCAAUAGAAACAUGUUUUCUGUCACGUGUUAUUAAUCAAAUUAUCAUAUAUAUAUAUAUAUAUAUAUAUAUAUAUAUAUAUAUAUAUAUAUAUAUAUAUAUAUGUAAUGUCUGAGUCGUUUGCUUCCCCACAACUGGGCAUUUUUCUCACCAGUUGAAGCAGGAGUCGUCUGGCGAGUUACCAAAUUCAAGGGAAGUCCGUAGCUUCCUCCAGACUUUCUAAUAGCCUGAUCAGUAACUGUAUUCCAAGCCUCAGCUGACCAGUAAGCUACAUGUUUCACUGUCACUUUCUUGAUUUUUUCAAUUAAAGGUAGUAUAGCAUCUCCUUUAAUAAUCUUUUAGCCCAAAUUCUGUUAUAUUCUGUUAUCUACAACAGGCCAAUAAAAAGUGGAUGUCUUACCAAUUCUCUUAUAAAACUUAACUUCUAGCUUUCAUCUCUAGCUUGAAAGACUUCUCAUCUCUUUAUAACUGUUGUCCUCACUCACAGGUUUCCCCUUUUUCCUACUUAUCGACAGAGCUACUACCCUCAGUCACAUUUUUAGCUUUCGUUAUUUUGGGUUUGUUUUCUAGUCUUUGACUUUCGAUUCCUGCGAGCUUAGCUGCGGCAUCUUCUGAAGUGAUCCUCCUACUUUUUAAGCGAAAUGGGCAGGACAUUCCCAGAGUAGAUGGUGUACUUGCUCGCAAAAUUUGUAGUUGUUCUCUGCCAUGCCCAUCGUCUUAAGGGGGUAUUUGAUGGAGUAGUGACCUGUCAGAAGGCCGUCCACUAGUUUCAUGUUAUUUCUGGUCAUCACAAGAAGUUCAGACUUCUUAGCUAAUAUAGUUAUGAAUAUUCUGGAUUCUCUGUAUUGUUUCUCCAGUAACAGCCCAUCUGAUUCCUUAGCCAUUCGUUCAGUUCGUUAUUGAUUAGGCAUCUCAUGAGGCUACAGUGGAGUUCUGGUCCAAAAUAUUGAGUCGUUGUUUUUUAGCAAGACUCUGCUUCCUUAUUUCCUGGUAUACCCGGGUGGCCUGGAAGCCACAUUAGGUUUAGUUUUUUGUUAGCUAGUUCUUUUAGAGUCUAUUUACACUUCCACACUAGUUUGGACGUGCAUUAAAUAGCUUUCAGGACCCACAAGGCGGCUUGGCUAUAUGAAAGAUUGUAGAUAUGCUUUUUAGAGAGGUUUCUAUCCAACCACUCCUGAAAACAUUUGUUUAUUGCUAACAACCCUAUCUGAAAAAUGGUGAGUGAUGUUUGUUGAAAUUUGUUAACAAACUUUCACUUUUGUAAGACAGUUGAUAAAACAUAAUAUCAACCUUAACCCAAAUCAAACAUUUUACAUUUUAUCUCUGCAGCUUGAAACUGCAGCAUAUCUUUUCAACGUCUUUAUUAACUAACAUUUUAAAUGCUUGUGGCCACCAUCGUUAAAAAAUAUUGCUCGGCGUAGUUUUCACUUGUCUAAUUCAUCAGCUCCAUAAUCUGAAUGUUUUGGUAGGUCCCUAACUCCUCGAUUCUUAUCCUGGCAGUGUUGCCCAUGAUCUCUUGUAUCUUUGGGACCAACUCUCGAUAGAUCUGCAGGGCUCUGACGUACUAAUGAUGUUUACUGAUUGCCAUUUUUAUGCUAAGCUUGGCGGCUCUUUUGAUUGUUCUUAGCAGUUUAUCCCCACACACAAACAUGAUAUAAUAUUGUGGUCGAGGUUAGAUUCAACAAUGUUAAGGUUAUGUCAGAAACAGUCAGUGUUAUCUAGGCCAAAAAUAUAAAUAGCAACCCACAGAAGAGAAUAAAAGUAGAUAUAAACUGGAAUUUAUAAAAUUGUUGAUAAUAUUUAAACUGUUUACUACCAUUACACUUCUUGACUCGUGAAAAGAUAACGAAGUUAUCAUCGUUAGAGACAAGUUAGUUGAUACAGUUACUCCCAGUCAGGAUAAUUUUUGAUUAUUGGUGUAAUGAUGUUGAACAGUGUCCUCAUAGUAAAAUGAAUCAUUAAAUAUUCAAUUUUUUUUUUUUGAAAAUUUAUAUACCUCGAUAUAAAAUAUGUUGUUUCCUGAAUCAUUUUAUCUUUCAUAUAAACUUAUAUGACUGUAAAAAAUAUAUAUUUAUAAUUGUAAGUAUAAUUUUUGUAAUUUUUAUAUCUUAUGCUGUUUUGUAAUUUUUCUAGAGAUGUAGGAUUAAUUCUCCACUUAUUUUGUAGUAAAUUCAAAAUUGAUGUGGGUUCAUAGAUGUUAUAAAUAAUUUUAACUCUGUAAUUAUUUCUUCCGGAUUUACCAUUACGUUACCACUUAAUAUAUUUCUUAUUUAAAUUGCAAUAGAAUAUAUUAAAAAAAUAUAUACUAGCUGUGCAUUUAUUUAAUCAUAUGUUAGUACUAUUUUCACAAUCAUUGUUGAAAUAUAUUUUUAUAAAUAUGCCGUGAUAAAGUAGAUAUUUGAAUCGGUUUUUUAAACGGGCGAAAGUCCAAGAAGGUAAACUUUCGGAAAACUGUUUAAAUCAAAAUAUUUAAAAAAAAAUUUAAAGUUGUAAAGAAAUUCAAAACAGGAUACAAAAUUUUACACUCGUAUCAUUAUGCAUAAUUUAGCUAAAUAGCUCUAAAAAUGUGAAACUAUCGCCUUCCCUUUAAAAAAAAAUCAAGUUUCAAGAAGAUUAAAAAAAACAUUAAAUUUCAAUCAAAAACUGUUUUUUUUUUAUUGUAAGACAAUGUUUACAAUUUACUAAAGAGAUAGUAAAAUUACUUAAAUGAGUUUAAAAUAGGAAAAAAAAUCAAAGAUGCAGAUAUGAGGUCAUAUUUCCACAUGAUUUAUGGGUCACCGUUGGUUUCUUCAACCUCGAAAUAACUAGUAAUCUCUUGAGACCUGUCAUCAGUCAGUUACAAAUUACUUCGAAAAAUCCACGAUGCUCGUCUGGAAUGUAGGCUCUCAGCUUUUUAAUAUUUUCAAUCUUUGCAGUUUUUAUUGGCACUCGACCUUGGUAAGCUUAACCGAAGGUGGGGGGAAAGUAUCUGCUUUUGUCUUAGCCAGUAAAAAAUUGUGAUGAAUAAUAUAAUACCAUUUAUUGUAGGGUAGGCUUCACAUCCUUUUAACUUAAAGGACAUAAAGAGAGUACCAAUCUGAAAGUACAUUCUAUUCUUCUUAUCUGUGUUUUUUCCUUUUAUUUCUUGUGAUAUACACAAUUUUUUUGUAAAACUUAUUUAGCCAUUUUUUGAAAUCUAAUACUAUAUCAGAUGAUGCAACCUCAUGAACAACGAACUUAUUAAACCGUUAUGAGUUUUGCAAAAUUACCGUUAAGUGGGGUUACUUUGCACAAAAUGUUUGUUUUUUCAAUAUCUAUAUGAAAAUUUGACACUUUGGCUACAUAGUUUUGUAAGUAGAUAGCAUAAAAAAAUAAGAACCAAAUUUUUUAAAAGAUUAUUCAGUUGGCAAGAUUACCUCGACUUUGGGGUUACUUUGCCGACUGGCAUUUUUGCACGUUUUUAAGCGUAUUUAAGUUAACAGUCUCGAAGGGUUACUUCGCCCUCCUUUAAUGUGUUUAAAAAAAUAUUUUAAUAAACAUAAUUCAUUAUUACAUUAAAAAUGUAUAUUUCUAAGAAAAUAAGGGAACAUUUACCUUUUCGCAAGUCAACAUCAACUCUUAUAAAUUAAUAAUAACUCUUUGGUAAGAGAACAUAAUUCUCAAUUAUUCUAAGUAGCUAGUAGGUCACAAAAGAAACUUCAAGAAUGCUUUAAAAUAAAUAUUUAAAUUUAAUUUUUACGGAACAAACAACUAAAACAUGUUAUAUUUGGAAAAAUAAAAAUUUUCGAAUGUACAAAUUUGUGUUAAUGUCGAUGCAAGUCUUGGAGAUUCUAAAAUAGUCACUAUAUCUUGUUCAAAGAGAGACCGUCAUCGAUAUUAAGGGGCUAUGGCAAGCAAUGGGCUUGAGGCUGGCUCGUCAUUGGAAAUCAUUGACUUCAUCUAAUUCUACAUUGUCCACAGAUUCACUUUCCAUGGUCCAGUCAUAUUCUUCAGUUUCUUUAUCACGUUUAUUCUCUUCAGAAAUACUUGUGAAAUUCUCCCUUGCAACAGAUUUUCCGGGUUCAAUUCUUAUCAUCCUCAUUCUCUUAGGAUGCUUGCUUAUGAAGGAGCUCUAUUUUUCUUAAGGAUAUCCAAUGUCUCGCUAAUAUCAGUCUUGGUUCUAUCAAAUCUUUUAUCAGACAUUCUCUGUUACAUGGGUGUAUUCUCGUUACUCUGAAACCAUUUUGGUUGAUUUUUUCGUCUUUUAAUUUUAUUUUUUCAAUGAGCUUUUUCAAUAAAUGAGGAAAAGUGCUUUUGUUUACUGUACUGUCUCGUGGAUUUUUGGUUUUGUAGGUUGUUAUUAUACGGCGUCAAACUAUCUUCAAGGGCUUAAAGAAGCUUACAUCCAAAGGUGUGUGUUGAAUUUGAGGAUAGAAAGAUAAAUGUAAUAUUGUUUCUUUGACACUCUCUAAUGAUUUUUAUGUUUACAUGACUUGAUAGAUUAUCUCUGAUUGGAAUUUUCGGUCCAUCAUUUUUUGGCCCACGGUUAACCAUUUGUGUAAACCAGUCCUCAAAUGCCUACUGGUCAAACAAUCCACAUUUGGUUCUAUUAUAACGAGUUCCAGGUGAUCCCCCGUUACACCUGGAAUCAAAUAAUCUCUCCGCCUUUAGAAAACAUAUAGGACAAAUAAAGUUCCAUUUGUAGCGGCAGCAAGCAUGAUGGAUAUCGGUCUUUGUUGAGUUCAGGGUAUUUAAUCCCAUUUCUGAAAAUACAUUUUGACAAUCCAGGAUCGUCUAUCAGAUUAAUCUCGUCGUAGUUAACGAUGGAACCAGGUGGAAUUUCUGCUACGUUUCUUUCUAAAUUAUAAUAAGUAAUUGUUCAUUUCCUCAUCUGUUUUCUCGGCCCUUUUUGUUUAAUAUUUUGGCACUGUCUGUUGGAUAAUCUCCGGGGCGAUUAGCUGAGGUGCUCCAACAGGGCCUUCAUGUUUUCUUUUAACUUUAUCUACUAGGUUCCUUCUAGGAGAAUUGAAGGUUUUGGAUGCUUCUGAAUAUCCUAUUUGAUUACUUUAAAUCGAUAGAACAGCUCUACGCAACUGUUCUUCGGUAUAAUCUCUAUAACGCCAUGCACCCACUUGUCUUCUAUACAUUUGAACCAUUUUCCUAAAAAAAACACAAUAUGGGGCAACUUUGCCAACCGCAAAAAUUAUUGGAAAUUUAGCAUCUGGAAAACUGUUAAUAACAAAAUUGGACUCACAUAUACACAGAAAUAGGUGAUGUUAAAAUCCGAAUUCAAGAUUCAUUAGUUUUUAUUACACAACCCUUAGAAUAGCAACGUGAUUUUACGAAGGCAAAAUAAAAUUUUUACUCACGUGAAUUGUUAUAUAUGAGACCUACUUCGCCGAGCUCCGGACUCGUACCGCUAAGACCUGUGUAUCCCGUAGUAUUUUGCCACCAACUGCAUUAGAGCAGUUUUUUUAGCAAUGUUGCCCUGGCUGACAAAGUGUCCCCACUUUACGGUAUGUCAGUUAUUUGGAAACGACCUGAAUCUGUCAGGUAUAAGCAGAACCUUGUCAUCGCUUGAUUUUUGUUUUGGCCUGAACAGACGAAGCUCAGUACUUGGUAUUGAUUUUAGGUAUUCAUUAAGAAAAGAGCAAACCUCAUUAGGGCUUUUUCGUGCUACACCCUCGUGGUACAAGAAUAAUAUUGUGUCGCCUACAAAUACUAUACAAGGAUGUUUAGUAACAUUCACUACAAUAUUUUGGAGGUUAAAAUAACAAUAGACAAAAAUGAACAGUAAUAGAUGAUAACAGGCGAAAGUCCAGAAAUCAUACAACAGAAUCCAUAGAGGAAGUGGACUUACGCCUUAAAAAAACUCUUAUGGAAUGGCGCUCUUUUAAAAUAAACCAAAAAAUUAAAAUACUGAUUUGACUCAUCUCCACUUGUGAUAAAAUCGCUCUUUUAACAAAAAUCGAUCUGAUGUUUAGACUACAAGUUUAGGCCAAAACCUGAAAAUUGAAAAAAUUGGACUUAUGCCCGUUUAAAAAAAACCGAUUCAUUUUUCAUUGUUUAGAAAUUAUUUUUAUUAUGUUAAUUUAAUUUACAUAUUCUUUCGUUUAUUGGAACAUGCGAUAUGAUACUAGAUUUUUUUAUAUAUAAAAUGUGCAUAAAUUAAACUUAUGGAAUAAAA